UCCAUUUCAGAAGUCCUGUAGCUUAUCGUGUAGGUGAGAUUCUACUACACUUACUUGUACUGUGUAAGUAAUUAGUUGUAGUCUUUGUAGGUCACUGUUUCAGUGCAGUGUUUGCGUGGACGACGCUCCACAUCGCUCGGCAGGCCGGUUGAUCUCGAUCUCCUGUACUAGCUUCACUUCAGUUCUGGUCGCCACCGGUCCACCGCGCGCUACGGCGCUAGGCGCUACACACGGGACGAGUGAGUGCGAGUGAGUUUGCAACACAGUCUGUCUGCUGCGCCAUUCAUUCUGCUGAAGCCGUGAAGGGACCGAAGUGUCGCCGACUUACCUCAGGAUCUUGGAAGCAUUUCGUUUUGGAUCCAGAAACCGCGUUUGUUUUCAUACCUGCUCCUCCUGUUGUUCAUGGACUGAGACUGAACUGUCGCACUGUCCCUGUACACAGUGAAGUAUUAGUUGAGUCCUCUCCGACGACAUAAGAAAUCACCUUCCCUGGGCCAGAUAGCCAGCGAUUCAGAAGAGGUGAAGUGAGCGAGCGAGAGCGAGUGUGUGCCUCUGUGUGUGCAGCGCAAUGCCCCACAGCGGAGGACACCGUCAUGGUGGAUCCGGUGCAGGAGGACGACGACCCCGAGUAGGAGCUGGAGGAUUUCACAGCGACUACCACUCGCUUCACCACGGCGGCGGCAGGAGAUGCCGCUUUCCGUGCCUUUGCGGUGCCUUCCUGCUGGUUCUGAUCUUUGCCUGUGCAAUCGUACCCAUCAUGCUGCUAGUGGUCGUCUUCAAUGAACGAUCGGUGGACUUGAGCCCGCGGGCGACGCGACUGGUCACGCUCGACACCGUCUGGAACCGCGGCGUGCAGUUCAGCAGCAAAGGCGAUGAUUCGGAGAGCGUGAAGGCGUACAUACUGUCCCAGCGCCCGUCCAUCCGGCCCAGACGAGACAACUUCACUAUGGAAACGAGCGCCCUCAUCAUGUGGGACGAUUCCCAGUUCUGGAGUUUCAAUCUCAUUCCGCCGUCGAGUGCAACGAUGACCGUCACGACGAAGGAUAACUUUGAGUUCUACCUGAUUCGAGGCGACGCGCAAUUCCGUAACUGGGUGAACCGGGACGAGAACAACAGGCACAACUUCUCCAUCGCCGGCUAUCGCUAUACGCCGCAGCACGGCAUAGCGGAGAGCGUUGUAGUGUUCAACGGCAGCGUCAGCAAGGAGUACGUGUACUACUUUGUCGUGGCACGCGAUCGCCGCAUCACCGGCGUGACCGGCCACUUUGAGAUCCGACUGGACGUCAGUCGGUCUCUAUACGACACGGCCAGUCUGGAGACGCAGUGUGACUUUGCCGACGUCAGCAUGUCGGGCUGCGACUCCCCGCUGCCGUUCAGCAGCCAGCGCUAUGCCCUGUUCGUGGCGCCCAACUCGACUGAUAUGCUCCAAACCUUCACGCCCGGGCUCGGCUACGUGCCCCGCGAGAGCAUGUACAUGGGCGUGUUCGGCGGUGUCAGCACAGUGCUCAUAGCCAUGGCGGUGCUCUGUGUACGUCAUGAUCGCAAGCAGCGGAGAGCGAUGGCGGCGGUGCUGUUACCCGCGGAGACCGUAUCGGAACGGGCGCCACUCAUCAACGCCGCCGCUCCCCGAGACUCGCCAUUGCCGAAGUACCACCCGUUGUGUCGAAACUCCCCGCCGAGCUACUCGUCGACCGACGUGUACCCCACCCCGCCGCCACCGCCGACACCAGCUGACGAAGCGAGUCCACGCCAUUCGACUCCUCCGCCGACGUACCAGUCGGUCAGAAAUGCCGCCUCGUCACAUGCCCAUAUACACCCUGCCAGUUAGUACUGGCUGGAGAAGGCAUGCCACCGUAAUGAACAUUAUCGUGCUCAGCUUGCUGUUGGCGAGGCCGCCGCCAUGCACACACAUAAUGUGUGUAUGUGUACAGUGGAGAACUGGGGCACAGAGAGAGGAGCACAACUGAUUAAGCUCCAGAGAGAAGACCUGACCAACCUGUACGCCAUGAUCGGCAAUUUGUUACAAUGUGUUAUUGUGACCAUCUCAAUGUACAGGAUCGCAGACCUGGAGUCGCUCGGAACCUGGCCACGUUGUUGUUACAUGUCACCUCACCGCUACUCAGUAUAUGACUGACCAAGAUACACAUGCUGACAGAGCUAGCUCAGUACCAUCAAGAGCGGAGACAAAUCACUAUCAUUCUAUUGCAAUGGCCUAUUAUAAAGAGACAAAACCGGUUGCAAGUUGAA